GCAGCAGCAACCUCAGGAGCGGCGGCGAAGAGGUCGGACGCAGCUGAGGAACCCCCGCGUGUAUGUCCAUCCCUGAGCUGACGCACCGCAAAGUGACUGACCUAUGAGAUGGCAGAGAAUGGAAGACGUUGUGACUUAAGGCGCACCACGAUGAAUAAAAGACACCUCAAUGGAACCUUUCUAGAGUCCUCUUUGUCGAGGGAACAAAGACAGAAAGAACGAGAGGCACGUCAGAGUAUCGUCCUCUGGGCAAAACCAAUUCUUACCUUGCAGUAUUUCUUCCUGGAAACUUUAACCAACGCAAAGGAGUGGACCAUAAAACUGUGGCAUCGCCGAAGGAUAGUGCUGUCUCUCCUGCUGCUGCUUGCCAUUCUUACGUCUACGUAUUAUAUCGAGGGAGCACAUCAACGGUAUGUGCAGUAUAUGGAAAAGAAGCUUUUAUGGUGCGCCUACUGGGCUGGGCUGGGCAUCUUGUCCUCGGUGGGGCUUGGAACUGGUCUUCACACCUUUCUACUCUACCUGGGCCCACAUAUAGCGUCGGUGACACUCGCGGCGUACGAAUGUAACUCAGUGAAUUUUCCCGAACCGCCCUACCCGGAUCAGAUUAUGUGCCCCGACAAAGAGGGAGCGCAGGGAUCCAUUUCGUUAUGGACCAUCAUGUCCAAAGUCAGGCUGGAAGCCUGCAUGUGGGGUGCUGGAACAGCCAUUGGGGAGCUGCCUCCAUAUUUCAUGGCCAGAGCAGCCCGACUGUCCGGAGCCGAGCCGGACGACGAGGAGUAUCAGGAAUUUGAGGAGAUGCUAGAACACGCACAAGGUGCACAGGAUUUCGCCUCCCGGGCGAAACUGGCCAUUCAGAACCUGGUGCAGAAAGUUGGAUUUUUCGGCAUCCUGGCAUGCGCUUCCAUUCCCAAUCCCCUCUUCGACUUGGCCGGGAUAACAUGCGGACACUUCCUGGUUCCCUUCUGGACAUUCUUUGGAGCCACCUUGAUUGGAAAAGCAAUCAUCAAAAUGCACAUCCAGAAACUUUUUGUGAUCAUCACCUUCAGCAGACACAUAGUGGAACAGAUGGUCUCCUUAAUUGGCUCCGUGCCCAGCAUCGGGGCAUCACUACAAAAGCCUUUUCAAGAACACUUGGAAGCUCAGAGGAUCAAGCUGCACAGCAGAGCCAACAAUACCCCCCAGGGUGAAAACUGGCUCUCCUGGACGUUUGAGAAAUUGGUUAUAAUUAUGGUGUGCUAUUUUGUCUUGUCCAUUAUUAACUCCAUGGCCCAAAGUUACGACAAGCGUCUCCAGCAACGCACAAACUCCGAGAGGAAAGCUCAGUGAGCUGGAUCAGCAAAGGGAGGGAUGGAUCCUCCAACUUCCACUGGAAUAACCAGCCUUGCAUUUAAUCAUCAUCAUCAUCAUUUGCAAAAGGGAGGGACGGGGUUAUGAAGGGGAGCGGGGUGGGGGGGGCGGGUAAGGGUGGACUCUCUGGUUUAAGUAACUCUGCCAUUCGUCACGGUUCCCGUGGGCCACCGUCUCCACGUUAAAGGUAACAGAUGCACCCUUGUUUCAAUGUAAAUUAAUUUGUUUUAACAUAUGUGCUUUCUCCCCCCCCCCUUCCUAAAUUCACUACAUAGCUGGAGCUAGGGUUUGGGGUGGAGUUUUUUCCACCUCCCCCCUUCCCCCCCCUCAUUUUUAAAGAAAAGUUUCCCGGCCUUCCAGAACGUUUAGGGCGCCUGUCCAUCCAUGACGUUUAAAAGUUCAGCCUCUUCCCCGAUGGGGUGCAAACCACCUUCCUCUUAACCUGACUGAUCUUAAGAUUUACCAGCAGCGGGCGGGGCCCUUCUGACACAACAUCUGGAAAUUCCCCCAUGUCGUGUUCACUGGAAGGGUGGGGAAACCACUUCUUCGUUGUUUUUUUUUCCUUUUCCUUGGGCCUGUUUCGAAGGGCAUUAAAUCAACACCCUCUCAGAAUCAUUCCAGACUUCCCUGUUUGGGUUCUUUUAAUUUUAAAACUAUCCCCAGUUCUUCCCCUUUGUGUGUGUGUGUGUAUGUGCCGGUUAAAUCCUCCCCUCCCCAUUUUUUUUUUCUUUUUAGUUCCUUUCCCCAAUCUUUCAACACCCCACCCCCGUUGUGGACGAAUGCUUGGCUUUUCCCAAAAACUCUUUGCUCAGAUCAGGGUGGGGUUAUUAUUUUUUGACACUAUUCAGUUAUCUUUAUUUAUUUAACUGACCCGGGAAGCCCCGAUAACCUGGAGUAUCCUUUGCCUUCGGAUCUUAUCAAAAUGGUUAAACUCUCGCACUGUUUCCAGAGCGACUGUUUAGGAAAUGCAACAGGAAGUUGGUUUGUAAGGUUGCAGGGAAGGUGAACUGGAAAUAAACAACAUUCAAAGAUGCCUCUUCA